CUCUGCUGCGCUGUGAGGAGCAGCAGCUCCCAGCCAACUUUAGCUGCUGUUUGAUGCACCUUUUUUCCCCUCCCUCCUCUAUCCAAGCUUUCAGAGCUACGCUGAGCCACAAAGCAUCAAACAUACAGUCCAGAUUAUAAAAGAUGGCAGAUAGACUUCAAAUGGACCCCUCUACUGGAGGAAGUCCAGUACUCUGAAAAGCUGAAUAAGAGGUUUUUUUUUAGUUUUUUUUUUUUUUUCAGUGUCUGGGGCUGAGAUACUGCUGCAAGGGUGUCCAGGCUGGGGUGGGAGGAUGGGGGGGAGAACUCACUGUAAAUCCAGAGGAUGGCAGAGUUCAAAAAGGAGAUGAGAAGAGCACAGUGGAGGAGGUUUGUGUGUGGAACUUAAAAGGUUGCAGAGAACUUUUUUUUUUUUUUUUUUUUUGCUAAGCCUCACUUUGCACGCUUGGACUGGAGCUGACAAUGAAGAUGAGCAUGGUAAAUCUCGCCCAACACUUCUUACAUCUCAGUGUCUGCUGAGAUCAGGAGUGCAGAUGGAUCAGCUGGGACAGGUUUCCCAGGCAGAGUUUCUGAUUUAAACUUCCAACUGAAACUGAUGGAGAACGGAGGUGUUUUUAUGCCAGCUGCUGACAUGCAUUCAGAAGCCCCUGCGAUGUGGAUGGACUCACCUUCAGGGAAACUCUGAGACCUGGAUGAGCAGCGGAGCGUAGGCGGGGAGUGUUUUAGUGAAGAAGAGAAACAAUGAACCUGUUACGGCGUGGGAUCAGACUGACUUUGUGCUUUUAACCCAGCUGCAGCGCCCCCUCCCCUCACCCCAUGUCACAUCCUUCCCUGAAUUAUGGAAAUUUUGUGGAAGAUAAUGACUUGGACUCUGAGCCUUGUGGUGAUGGCUGCUUCUGAAUUUCAAAGACUUUCGCACAGCUCUCAAGAGGAGUUCAUGUCUUACCUGGAGCACUACCAGCUGACAGUCCCGGUGCGGGUGGAUGAGAAUGGGAACUUCCUGAGUUACGCUGUGAAGCACCAGCGGCCGGGCCGUCGGAGACGUGCUCUGGGGGACACCGCAGUAGAUCCCUCAGAGUCUCGGAUCUUUUACAGAUUGUCAGCGUACGGGAAGCACUUUCACUUAAACCUGACACUUAACCCCAACUUGGUGUCAAAACAUUUCACAGUGGAGUACUGGGGUAAAGAAGGGCCAGAGUGGCGUCAUAAUAUGGUUGAUAACUGUCACUAUGUUGGAUUCCUGCAAAACCAGCACAGCACAACCAGAGUGGCGCUCAGCAACUGCAAAGGCCUGCAUGGUGUCAUAACAACGGAGGAAGAACAGUAUUUAAUAGAGCCUUUAAAGAACACUUCCUCCACCACCUCCAGUGAAUGGAACCUGGAAGGAGCUCAGCAACAUGUUAUUUAUAAAACGUCUGCCAUCCCCUCACCGCAAGAGCAAAGCCAGGAGUUCAGCUGUGGCAUUUCAGACCUCAUGAAAAGCAACGUACCUUGCCAAUUUGGAACACCCUCCCCUGUUCACUUGUCCCCUGUCCCUCAAAACGUCAGCGAGCAGUCGAAAGGCGCGCACAGGCAGAGGAGGUCGGUCAGCUCUGAGCGCUUCGUGGAGACGCUCGUGGUUGCCGAUAAGAUGAUGGUCGGCUACCACGGCCGCAAAGAUAUUGAGCACUACAUCUUGUCUGUGAUGAAUAUUGUUGCCAAACUGUACCGUGAUUCCAGCCUGGGAAAUGUUGUGAACAUUAUUGUGACCCGUCUAAUUGUUCUUACUGAAGAUCAGCCAAACCUGGAAAUUAAUCAUCAUGCUGACAAGUCUCUGGACAGUUUCUGUAAGUGGCAAAAGUCCAUCCUGUCUCAUCACCGCAGUGGGAACAGUAUUCCAGAGAAUGGAAUGGCUCAUCACGACAAUGCUGUCCUAAUCACCCGGUACGAUAUCUGCACCUACAAGAACAAACCCUGUGGGACUUUAGGCUUGGCCUCAGUAGCUGGAAUGUGUGAGCCGGAGAGAAGCUGCAGCAUCAACGAAGACAUCGGCCUUGGCUCAGCGUUCACCAUUGCACACGAGAUAGGCCACAAUUUUGGGAUGAACCACGAUGGGAUCGGCAACACCUGCGGCACCAAAGGCCAUGAAACAGCCAAGCUGAUGGCCGCUCACAUAACAGCCAACACCAACCCUUUCUCCUGGUCUGCCUGCAGCAAAGACUACAUCACCAGCUUUCUCGACUCAGGUCGGGGAACGUGUCUGGACAAUGAGCCCCCAAAACGAGAUUUCCUGUAUCCAACCAUGGCCCCGGGGCAGGUGUACGAUGCAGACGAGCAGUGCCGCUUCCAGUACGGAACAUCCUCGCGUCAGUGCAAGUAUGGGGAAGUGUGUAGAGAGCUCUGGUGCCUUAGCAAAAGCAACCGCUGUGUAACUAACAGUAUCCCAGCUGCAGAAGGGACCCUGUGCCAGACUGGCAGCAUUGAGAAAGGGUGGUGCUACCAAGGAGAAUGUGUUGCGUUUGGCAGUUGGCCUCAGAGUGCAGAUGGAGACUGGGGGCCGUGGUCUUUAUGGGGAGAGUGCAGCAGGACCUGUGGAGGAGGUGUUUCGUCCUCCAUGAGGCACUGUGACAGCCCAGCCCCAUCUGGAGGCGGAAAGUACUGUCUUGGAGAGAGAAAACGAUACAGAUCCUGUAACAUUGAUGCAUGCCCAGCUGGAUCUCAGGAUUUCAGAGAGAAGCAGUGCGCAGAUUUUGAUAACAUGCCUUUCCGUGGGAAGUAUUACAACUGGAAGCCUUACACUGGUGGCAGUGUGAAACCUUGCGCAUUGAACUGCUUGGCAGAGGGCUAUAACUUCUACACCGAGCGCUCCCCUGCUGUCGUUGACGGGACCCGAUGUCACGCUGACUCUCUGGACAUAUGCAUCAAUGGGGAGUGUAAGCAUGUGGGCUGCGACAACAUCCUGGGCUCUGGCGCUAAAGAAGAUCGAUGUCGUGUGUGCGGAGGGGACGGCAGCACCUGUGAGGCCACAGAGGGGCUCUUCAAUGAGUCUCUGCCUAGAGGAGGUUACAUGGAUGUGGUGCAGAUCCCGAAAGGAUCAGUUCACAUUGAGAUUAGAGAAGUUGCCAUGUCAAAGAACUACAUAGCUCUAAAAUCUGAAGAGGAUGAUUACUUCAUCAACGGAGCCUGGACCAUUGACUGGCCCAGGAAGUUUGACAUCGCAGGGACGGCCUUCCACUACAGGAGACCUACCGAUGAACCCGAGUCCUUGGAGGCGCUGGGACCUACCACUGAAAACCUCUUUGUUAUGGUUCUCCUUCAAGAGCAGAACCUUGGAAUACGCUACAAGUUUAAUGUUCCCAUCCACCGGACAGGGAGCGGUGACAACGAGGUAGGCUUCGCCUGGCACCACCUGCCAUGGUCCGAGUGCUCAGCUACUUGUGCUGGUGGCAGCCAGAAGCAAGAGGUGGUGUGUAAGAGGCUCGACGACAACUCAGUGGUGCAGAACAGCUACUGUGAGACAGGCAGCAAACCACCGGAAAACCUGAGGGACUGCAACACCGAGCCGUGUCCCCCAGAGUGGUUUAUUGGUGACUGGUCAGAGUGCGGAAAGACGUGUGACGGUGGGACACGGACCAGGACUGUCCUGUGUAUCAGGAAGAUUGGCCCUGCUGAGGAGGAGACCCUGGAGGACACCUUCUGCCUUACGCAUCGGCCUAUUGAAAGAGAGUCUUGCAAUAAUCAGUCCUGUCCCCCAAAGUGGGUAACUCUGGAAUGGUCAGAGUGUAUACCUAAGUGUGGCCCAGGUUUCAAGCAUCGCAUUGCCUUGUGCAAGAGCAGCGAUCUGACCAAAACCUUCCCGCCGACCCAUUGCCCGAGCCACAACAAACCUCCGGUCCGAAUGCGCUGCAGCUUAGGGCGAUGUCCUCCUCCCCGCUGGAUCCCUGGUGACUGGGGACAGUGUUCAGCUCAGUGCGGCCUGGGCCAGCAGAUGAGGACGGUCACCUGUCUGUCCUAUACUGGACAGCCAUCAAAUGAGUGUCCAGAAUCCCUCCGGCCUGCCACCAUGCAGCAGUGUGAGAGCAAAUGUGACGCCAUCCCAAACUCCAACAGCGAUGAAUGCAAAGAUGUAAACAAGGUGGCGUACUGCCCUCUGGUCCUCAAGUUCAAGUUCUGCAGCAGAGGAUACUUCAGACAGAUGUGUUGCAAGACCUGCCAGGGGCACUGACCAAGGAAUGGUGCUUAUAAAGAACAGGAGAUGGAUACAAAGGCAAAGAAGAUGGAGGGAUAAAGCACUUAAAUGGUGUACAAAAAAUAAAAUGAGGCAGGCUGAAACAAAAAAAAAAAAACUCCUCGCUCAGUUCUUAAAGGUAAAAAGAAGAAAAAGAGCCCAGAGCUGCUGCCCA